GCAUAGCAGUCUAGAUCAUAGUUUCUCAGUUUUCUGUCUGUCUGUGGUAUCGUUAACAUAGUUAAAUGGACGUGGAGGAGCUCGGUUUCAGCGUUUCUCCAUCGCCUAUAAUCUUACGCUUCACUCUCGUCGUCCUGUUGCUGCUUGUCGGCUUCACAGCUGUUGAAGGUGACUCUCGCGUGGUUGGUCCACUUCAGCCAAUCGUGGCUGCUCCUGGUGAUGAUGUCAUCCUGCCGUGUCACGUGGAGCCUCCGGAAACCGUGGUGGGAAUGACGGUGGAGUGGUCGAGACCCGACCGUCAGCCGGACCCCAGAGAUCGGCUGAGCCGGGUCGAAUACGUGCAUCUUUACCGGGACACCCGCGAGGUCCCGGACAUGAAGAUCUCAUCGUACGUCGGUCGGACAGAACUGUUCACAGAAGGCCUGAGACACGGCAACAUAUCGCUCAAGAUCACGAACGUGACGCUUGCAGACAAAGGGAGAUUCAGAUGUUUCAUCCCAAAGUUAAACGGCCAAAUACAGUCUUCAGUUGUUCAGCUUGUUGUUGAACGAAAAUCUGCUACAACAGAGACGCCUCUGCAACCCAGAAGUCACCGAACUCCUGAUCCGACAAACGAAGCGGAUGGUAAAGGUGGUUUGUCCAGUCAGAACAUACUGACUGUGGUUGUCUGCGUUGUCCUGAUGAUCCUGGUUGUUGUUGUUGGAGUCAUAGUUUAUUUACCACAGAAGUGUCAAAAACAAAAACUUAUAUUGGUACCGACUGUCUAAGUGCACAUUGGUGGACACCGCCACCUACCAAAAGUCCUGUAAGUUUCUCUGAUCUGGAGAGUCUUAAAUGUGAAAUAGAAGAUCUGUUAUUUGUACAGUUGCUGACUUCAUGUCAUGAAGGGGAAAAUAAAUUUGAAGACAUGAUGAUUUUUUGCACCUGCUGUGUCUGGACUGAAACAGGUUUUUUUUUGUAUAGUUUCACCCUAUUUGAAUUUUGUUUCCAUAGCUUUGCAUGUGGCUGGACGUGGCAGUAGUGAAUCACAGUUUACAUUUAAAAGUUUACAUUUAAAUGGAAGACGUUGUUCAGGGAAAAGUUAAAGGGAUCUCUGCUUUGUUACUUCCCUUACUUUUUUUUUUUUAUUUUAUUCUGUUCUAACUUAAUUAUGUGUUAUGUUCUAUGUGUGUGACCUGAAGAGGCUACAACUUACAUUUAAUUGUGUUGUGAAAUACGAGAUAUUUAAACCUUGUAACAGUGACUGUCAAGUUAUGUCUUAACGUAUUCUAAACUCUCGUUCUGUUGUUA